AUGGUAGCAGGCUUCGCCCACGCCCCAUUAACCAAAGGCAUCCUGAUCACCCUCACCAUCAGCUCGAUCCUCGUUUCGCUGUUUCAACUGAAAGCAUUCGUCCACUUGCAAAUUCACCCGCACCUCACCGUACACCAUCAAUACUACCGCCUGAUUACGCAACAUUUCGCUUUCACCAACUCGUCCGAGCUGUUUUUGGGGCUCUUGCUCUUCUACGAUGCCGGGGUGAAGGUGGAGCGGACCUUUGGGACGUAUAAAUAUGCAAGCUUUUUGGUGGUUACUACAACGCUGUACACCGCCGUGCAGGUGGUUCUGUUCGGGUUGAGCUCCUUUCUGUUGGCACAAUACACAAAAACUCCUUGGAGCCCAGGAGGGGCAGAGGGCCUAGGGAAGAAGCACUGGUUUAUCUCAGGUCGAAGCCCAGCCGGACCCUGGGCUCUACUCUUCUCGAUCCUGCAUCAACAUUCUUCCAUCGUCCCACACCUCUGGUCAAUCAGCAUCUCGGAUAGCCUCAUGCUCACCGACAAAGAUAUCACAACAUACUCUCUCGCCCUACUUGUCGCAUUUUCUCAUCCUUCAUCAUCACUCUUUGCCUCACUCCUAGCGACUGUGAUCUCAGCGCUCUAUCGAACAGGAUCAGGUCCCUUUUGCAGGCUCAAACAAUACCGUAUCCCCCUUCGACUCUAUCUAAUCCUCUCACUGCUCCUCACGCCUUGGGUAGGACAGACAAGUCUACCGCAGAGAAGCUGGAGAGUCGAACCACCGGCGAGAAGGACGAGGGAGGCGAGGGAGGCGAGGGAGGCGAGGUUGGCGCAACACAAUGCCGCUCUUGCGAAUUUGAAUAGGGGUGGGGCCGGGGCGGUGCCUAGGUUAGCUAGUUUUUUGAGACCGAGGAGGGAAGCGCAGCCGCCAGCAGUGCUGCCGACGCAAGGUGGACGAGGGCAAGUAGCUAGGCAAGGGGAAGUAAGGGGAGGGGUAGAUGGCAGGAGAGGAUGGAACGCUAUUCCACCAGAUACAAGGGCUGAGUUGCAAAGCUUUCCAAGAACCGACGUUCUACGUGCUAUGCAUGGGAGUGAUGGCGAUCCACAAGCUGCGUUGAAUGCUUUGCGGGCAACUUCUCUUCCGACCGUUGCUGAUCCAUGA